AUGGAUGUGAACGGUGGCAGCUUGGACUACACAGUCUGUCGGCCUUUGAUAGAUGGACAUCCGACACGUUCUUGCGAACGUGAGAUGCUUCGCCAACCUGGAAACAACGCUGUGCAGCCUCAAACGGAGAGGCAGAUUCCGGUUAUAGAUAUUGGCACGGAAAAGGAGGUAACCCAGGAACAAAAAGACACUCAGCCAGUGAAUGCUAGUGAAAAAUCUAGUGAUUUAGAUCCAGAGAUCUUAAAAAUCAUUGGUGAAACACCUUCAACAGAACCGGAGGGUUUGAAGUUAUCCAACCACAUCUCCGAUCGCUGGAAAAACUGGUUAAAAACCGGACAGACAAAAGAAGCAAAAGAACUUUUACUCAAAAAAUACCCUAGAAAGGGUGAAUGUUCCCUGGAGGCUCCAAAAUUGAAUCCCGAAAUAGCGGCGUCCCUCAAUGAAGGUUCUUUAAAGAGAGAUAAAUAUUUCUCAAAUACCCAGAACCUUGCUGGGUCAGCAUUAUCAGCACUAAGUUUAGUCAUCGAUCCUCUUCUCACGAAGAAAAGAGAAGAAAUUGAUGUAAAAAAGAUGCUGGAAAACUUAUGGGAAUCAUCACGAAUCUUAACUGAACUGUUUCGGGGCCAGAUGGUGGCUAGAAAAGCCUGUAUUCUUCCUAGUCUGAAUAAACAAACUGCUUCACUCCUAGACAAAACUGAAACAGGCGAAUUUUUAUUUGGCGAAAAAUUAGGGGAAAAGAUUAAAGAAUCUAAAGUGAUUGAUAAAAUAAGCACUGACAUCAAGUCCCAAUUACUUUCAAAGAAACCAGGGACGAGUAAUUUAAAUGCCAAGAGCCCGUCUGUGCCAAAACACUCAGCUCAGACGGGCACAAGAAUGAAAUUCGUCAAGCCACAGUACAACUCGAAGUUCCAGAGCCAGACGAAGAGCCAUCAGGGUCAACACCGGAAUCAGAGCAACAAGAGUCGGAGUCGAUACUAACUAAUGAAUCCCAGCAACCAGCAGCACCAUCCAAUGGCAGCGACACUUACCCU